UCUGAUCACCAUGCUGCAGCAAAUUUUGCGUGACAUGUAUAUUGACCCUGAGCUCCUGGCAGAGCUGAAUGAAGAGCAAAAGCAGAUCUUGUUCUACAAAAUGAGAGAAGAGCAGCUGAGGCGCUGGAAGGAGAGGGAAGAAAAAGCCCGACUGGAGGAGGCUGUGCUGAGAAAGACAGCGAGGCACAACCAGAGUAACGGCAAACGCGUGCAGUGGCUGCGUGGGAAGGAUGGCGAGGUCUGGGUGUGGGUGAUGGGAGAAGGCCCAGGUGACAAACCCUACGAGCAGAUAUCCGAGGAGCUCAUAGCAGAGAGAGCCAGGCAACAGGCACAGAGGGAGGCAGAAGAACUAUGGAGACAAAAGGAAGCUGAAAUUACAAAGAAAUUCCGGGAUGCUAUGGCUCAAGAAAAAGCACGAAUAGUGGCAGAAAAGUGGAAAAUAGAAACAGAGGAUCGGAAAGCAGCCAAGCUGGAGGAAGAAAAAAUUCAGGAGGAAUUAAAGAAAAGAGAAGAAGAGGAAAGACAAAAGGGUGAAGAACAAAUCAGGCAGCAGGAAGAAAUCCGAGCAAAGGAGUUGUAUCUGAGCCUCAAGCAAGCUCAGCAGCAUAGUCAGCACAGCGACGAUGACCAGGAGUGGGAAGAACAGUUGCGCCGCUCCAAGGCCGCAGACGAGGAGAGAAGCCACAAAGCGCGCAGGGCGCGGGAUGAGUAUCGACGGCAAUCCCUGCGCGCCAUCCAGAAGGGAAGAGUGGCUGGCCUGAGUAACUUGUUCCAGGGGACGAGCCUGAGCAACGACCAGGAGAUAAAACUGAACAACAAUAGUGCAAGUCCUUUGCUGUCUCUCUCUGCAGCGUCCAGUAACAUCUGGGAGCGUCCGUCCCGCCCCUUCUCCCGAGAUGUCAUCAUCCGCUGGUUCAGGGAAGAGCAGAUCCCUCGACGUGCUGGAUUCGAGAGGAACACCAACAGGAUUGCUCAGUGGUUUCACGGUAUUAUCAGCCGUCAGGAGGCAGAAGAGUUGCUGAUGAAUAAGUCUGAAGGCACAUUCCUGGUGCGAGUCAGUGAGAAAAUCUGGGGCUACGCGUUGUCUUAUCGCCAGCAAAGCGGGUUCAAGCAUUUCCUGGUUGAUGCUUCGGGGGAUUUCUACAGCUUCUUGGGGGUAGAUCCAAACCGACACGCAACACUCACAGAUCUGAUCGAUUUUCACAAGGAAGAAAUCAUCACAUCAUCAGGUGGGGAGCUACUACUGGAGCCAUGUGGACAGCAGAAGAAUCCACCAGACUACAGUCCUUUAUUUGAAUAACUGAUCCAGGACUAACAGGGACACAUUCUGGAUAGCUGUAGUAAUAAAUAGCUACAAAAGUAAAUAUUGAAAGUAUUUAACAAACUUCCAAAGCCACUGGUCUUGUGGCCAAAAAGUAUCCUCAAUAGAAGGCCUAAACUAUUCCUGUUUUGCAUCUGAUUUAUCAUCAUUAUUCAUGUUGCUAGCAAGUGAAAGAUGAAAAAUUACCAGCAAAUUACUAAAAAGGGAUUGUGGCCAAUUGCACUGAAUGCUAACUACCUAUCCUAAUUUUUUCAUGUCUGAUGCAGCAAGAAGCACAGCCAGGAACUGUUCAUAGAGUACUGUAUGAAGUACCAGUGUUGGUGAACAGAUUCUUUUUUCCAAAGCAAGGUUUGUCAGGUUUUGUUGACAAUCUCAUUACUUGGUGGUGCACUUUUGAUAACAAGAGAAGCAGUCUUAAAACAUCCUUCUACAGUUUGUGAUUGCUUAGGUAGGUAGGUGUAGCUUGAAACUUGGCAUUAUGCUUUUGAAUUCAGGCCUACAAAAUUCCUCACAGCAGAGACAGAACAAGGUCAUACACAUUAUAUUUACAAUUUCAUGCAGUCCAGCAGCCUUGGAAGAAACUUUACUCCUGUACAGUAAGUGGUCAGUUUAUUCUAAAGAAAACAGUUUGACUUGCUGCAAUUCUCUCACUGUCCUUGUCAUGUUUUCUACUUUUAGAUGUGCAAGAGACACACUGGACAUUUCUAGCUUUACUUUGCUGUAGGACCAGGUAUUUUCCUUAGCAGAGUUAUAAGUGAUAGUGGGCUGGUAUAUUUGUACAUAGAAAAGGUACAACUAAUUACAUUAUCAUCGUGCUAUUUUAUGUUUAAAAAAGAUGCACAUAAUGUGUUCCUCAUCCAUUUGCUGUAUGUAUUAACUCCAUGUAAAUAGACCAGGAGAUCUGUGGAGUAGUUGCUUAGCUUUCGGACUAUAAAAAUAAUAAAAUAUCAUCACAGUAGUUAAUUUGUCCUCUUGAAAUUUGUGUCUCAGCCAUUCUUGCAGUCUGGGCUGUCACAUGGUAUAGAUGUAGUCCUGCAUUGUUUCAUUGGUAGGCUGAACACUACUAGGGCAGUCAAUUCAGAA